UUGUCUUGCACUGUUUUUAUUUCCACCUAUUUCAUUAGAUAUAAAUUUAUUUUUGAAAACCUAUUUUUUUCUAUUUUAGGUGAGAAGCCGACUAAUGAACUUUUUGGUAGCAGUUAUUUAAAUCGAGAAUGGGAGAUUGUUACUGUGGAAGAAGUUUGCCGAAGAUUAUCGUUGGAUCACUUAGAAAAUUUAGCUCUUCCAAUUCCUGAAGGUGCAACCUCGUCACAGAUUCUCGACGAACCGAUGAUCCGAAAGAUUAUGAAUAUCUUACCACCUAGAGCUGAAGGGUAUCCAUGGGUUAACAUAUACAGCUCAGAAAAACAUGGUUUUUCGCUUUUCACUUUGUACAGAAAAAUGCAAGAUUGGGACGAAGAACUAUCCCCGAUUCUUUUAUUGAUUCGCGACUGUAACGAUGGGGUUUUUGGCUUUAUUGCUAGCACUGCAAUUCGUCCAAGUGACCACUAUGUUGGCACUGGUGACUCCUGCUUAUUGUUCAAGUUUGUGGUUGACUCAGAAACUCAAGAGAAGGAACUUGAGAAGUAUUCUUGGACGGGCGAAAAUCAGUUCUUUGUGAAGGCAAGCAAAGAUUCGUUAUCUAUGGGUGCUGGUGGUGGACAUUAUGGAUUAUGGCUUGAUGCUGAUUUGAAUAAAGGAAGAUCGUUACGGUGCGAAACAUUUGACAACGAACCACUUUCUGAUGGCGAAGAUUUUCGUGUGCAAUUUUUAGAGUGUUACGGAUUUCGAAUGGGUUGA